AUGCCAGCAAAGAAAAUGGAAGGUGGUUGUUUUCUGGUAAAAUUGUUGCUCUUGGAAUUUUUAUUAAUCACUGGCACUGCUAUACCCAAUGCCAAUAACAGAAGGAACUGGUAUUCAGAUCAUUUUUAUGUUGGGGGCACUGUUUUGUAUGGCCCUGAUACAAGAUUUUCUGCUUUGGAAGAACGCAUUUUGAUGGUGCAAAAUUCUACAUGGGCAGACCAUGAUAAUAAGGACUUUGAAGCUCUGUUGUCCUUCAAAGAUGGCAUUACAGCCGACCCCAUGCAAUCACUUUCCACAUGGACUUCUAGCAAUUCAGAAAACGUAUGCUUGUGGAAUGGUGUCUGGUGCAGAAAACAUACCCACAGAGUUGUGGCCAUAAUUCUCCCUCAGUUGAAGUUGCAAGGUACCAUUUCUCCCUUCAUAGGAAGCCUCUCCUUGUUACACACUUUGAAUCUCUCUCAAAAUUAUUUCACUGGAUGGAUUCCACCUCAGCUUGGCCAACUGAAAGCGUUAAGGAUACUUGACCUCAGCCAAAAUCUAGUGAUGGGUUCCAUCCCCAAACAUCUUGGUGAUUGCACUCACCUUCAGUGGGUCGACUUGUCUCAGAAUGAUCUUAGUGGAAUGAUUCCAGUUUCUUUGGGCAACUGUACACAGCUUCGACAUAUUUCACUACAAGAAAAUAUUCUGGUGGGAAUACCAACAGAAUUUGGUCGUCUGAAAAUGUUGGAGGAGCUUGACCUCAGCUAUAAUCUAUUGAAGAGCGAAAUACCUGCAGAUCUGGGUAAUUGUUCUUCACUCAAGACAUUGCUUUUGGGUAACGAGCUGACUGGCUAUAUACCACCUGAACUAGGAAAUUUGAAAGAGCUUCGCAAAUUGGCACUGGAAGGUCCAGGUAAUCUUACUGGUUCUAUUCCUGUAGCAAUAGGAAACUGCAGCAAUCUUAUAUAUCUAGAUCUCGGAAACAAUGAAAUUGAGGGGCCAAUUCCCAUGAGUAUCUUCAAACUUUCCCUCUCGACUUUUUCUUUGGUGAGUAAUGGUAUGGAAGGGAGACUACCAGAAGCCGUAUUUAAUAUGACCACAUUUACAUUCUUAAAUCUUGGUAACAAUAGUUACAGAGGAGCAAUUCCAGAGAGCAUUGCAAUGUUAACAAACUUGGUCUUUUUGAAUUUGGGUACAAAUAGAUUAACAGGUAGCAUACCUCAAGGAAUAGCCAAUUUGACCCUACUUCAAGAGCUUUACCUCGACACUAACAAUCUGGCAGGAACACUUACAAAUGCCACAGGAAAGCUCCAAUCCUUGAAAAAUUUCGUUCUGCACUCAAACUCAUUAAAUGGAUCUAUACCAUUUAGUAUUGGUGAACUCAAGAAUCUUGUUUAUCUAGAUUUCCACAGCAACGAUUUUUCUGGAUUUAUUCCUGACAGCAUUGGCAGUUUGGUUUCACUUCAGACAUUGGAUGUAUCUUAUAAUCAGCUUACAGGACAAAUUCCACAAUCCAUAGGCAACUGCAGCAAUCUUGUUCAUCUAGAUCUUGGGAACAACGAAAUUAAGGGACCACUUCCCAUGAGUAUCUUUCAACUUCCCCUCUCGAUUCUUUCUUUGGUGAGUAAUGGUAUGGAAGGGAGACUACCAGAAGCAAUCUUCAAUAUGACCACACUGACCACCUUAAUUCUUGGCAACAAUAGUUACAGAGGAACAAUUCCAGAGAGCAUUGGAAUGUUAACAAACUUGGUCAUUUUGAAUUUGGGUACAAACAGAUUAACAGGUGGCAUACCUCAAGGAAUAGCCAGUUUGACCCUACUUCAAGAGCUUUAUCUCGACAGUAACAAUCUGACAGGAACACUAACGAACGCCACAGGGAAGUUUCAAUCAUUGAAAGUUCUCGUUCUGCACUCAAACUCAUUAAAUGGAUCCAUACCGUUUGGUAUUGGUGAACUGAAGAAUCUUGUUUAUCUAGAUUUCCACAGCAACAAUUUUUCAGGGUUUAUUCCUGACAGCAUUGGCAGUCUGGUUUCACUUCAAAGAUUUGAUGCAUCUUAUAAUCAGCUUACAGGACAAAUUCCACAAUCCAUUGGCAACUGCGGCAAUCUUAUUUAUCUAGAUCUGGGGAACAAUGAAAUUAAGGGACCACCUCCCAUGAGUAUCUUUCGACUUCCUCUCUCGGUUCUUUCUUUGGUGAGUAAUGGUAUGGAAGGGAGAUUGCCAGAAGCCGUUUUCAAUAUGACCACAUUGGCAUUCUUAAACCUUGGUAACAAUAGUUAUAGAGGAACAAUCCCAGAGAGCUUUGGGAUGUUAACAAACUUGUACUUUUUGAAUUUAGGUACAAAUAGAUUAACAGGGUGCAUACCUCCAGGAAUAGCCAAUUUGACCCUACUUCAAUAUCUUUAUCUCGACAAUAAUAAUCUGACAGGAACACUUACAAAUGCCAUAGGAAAGCUCCAAUCUUUGAAACUUCUCUUUCUGCAAUCGAACUCAUUAACUGGAUCUAUACCAUUUAGUAUUAGUGAACUCAAAAAUCUUCUUUAUCUAGAUUUCCACAACAACAGUUUUUUGGGGUACAUUCCUGAAAGCAUAGGUAAUCUGGUUUCACUUCUGAUGUUGGAUGUAUCUAAUAACUUUUUGACCGGAAAAAUUCCUACAACAUUGGUUAAUUGCACAGCCUUGAAGAAGCUAAAGCUAUCCAACAACUUCUCUGGGGAUCUGGAUCUUAAUUUUUCUUCUUUUAUUGAAGUUUUUUCAGUUCACAGUAAUAAGUUUUCUGGGACUCUGCCCGCUUCCUUGGCCAACUGUACACAUCUUCAGCUUCUGGAUUUCAGCAGGAAUAGACUGACAGGCGAGUUUCCUCCAGGCCUUCUUGCAGAUUGUCAAGAGUUGAGAGUUUUAAGCCUUGGCUCUAAUGAACUUGAGGGUAGAAUACCUCUGUGGAUUACAAACCUCACCAGUUUGCAGGUGUUGGAUUUGUCCAAUAAUAAAUUCAGCGGAAGAAUUCCCUCUCAUCUGAAGGACCUUGAGGGAUUUCGAAACUCAGAAUCUUCUGAAGUGACAGGUAGCACACUAUAUGAAGAGAUAACCCUAGUAACGAAAGGAAACGAGUAUACAUAUACUUAUUUGCUAAAAGCAAAUAUUGUACUGGACCUGUCAUACAAUAAUCUUAGUGGGGAAAUACCAGAAAGCAUUGGGAAUCUGUCAAGCAUGAGGCUGUUAAACCUAUCUGGGAAUCAUCUGGAGGGUAGGAUACCCACAUCUUUGGGGCAAAUAUCAACCCUAGAGCAGUUGGACUUGUCGCAAAAUAAUUUGAGUGGGCAGAUCCCCGAGGAGCUGUCUAACUUGUCCUUCUUGGCCGAUUUCAAAGUUUCUUUCAACAAUCUUUGUGGGCAUAUACCCGGAGGAACGCAGUUUUCAAGCUUCGAUGAGAGUUCAUAUCAGGGAAACCCUCCGUGUUUAUGUGACAAUAGAUUUGCUUUCAGAAAAUGCCACAAAAAUGUGUCAUUGGUUUCACCUUCAGAAGAGGGGGAGAAGUCAGUGUGGAGCAGAGUAGAUGAGUACGUGUCAGUGAUGGGUGUGGGGCUGGGGUUGGGGAUUGGAUUUGGCGGAACAUUGUCACUGAUUGUGUGGUGGGGAGAACUAGGGCAUUGGAUUAGGGUUCUCAGAAGAAGAGGGUUUUAUAGAGUUGCAGACUCCCAAAGUUACAGUUCGAGUUUGAAUUACAGCCCUCACUUCUCAUUUCAGACAUCCACAUCCACAUCGGCAUCCUCAUCGGCAUCCGGUUGUUAA